UCGGAUAAAGGGAAAACAGAUCAGCAUAAUUAAAACUUAACCACGUUGUUUUGGUCUUAUACGCUUACCGGCAACUGUCCGAGGUUGCCGGUUAGAGCCUGAGUAUGGCGGUGUCAUGCUCUCUCUAUAAAUAUCCAUUUCCCUUCACUUCCUCGUUUCCAUCAUCAUCAACCGUCCUGCAUCCUUCCUGCUGAUUCCCUCAAAUUCUCCGAUUUUUUUUUUUUUUUCAACUUCUUAUUUUUUCUCAAUUCUGUAAUAAAAUUCCAAAAACUCCUAACUCUGAUAGAUAGACAGAAGAAACAUCGGGAAUCUUACACACACGGUUGAAGCUUACCCAGAGAUUGAGGAAACAGAGCAGCAAGCCCAGAUUAUUAUUAAUGGCGGUGGAUUUACCCAACCAAUCAAAUGGGGAUGCCAUUCCUCUGUACGAUUUGCCAGAAGGGUGCAUUGCCAAAGCCUUAUCCCUCACCAGCCCCAGGGACGCAUGCCGGCUUUCCUUGGUUGGUUAUACCUUCCGGUCGGCCUCCCUUUCCGACGACGUCUGGGAACGGUUCUUGCCUACCGAUUACCGGGAUCUCCUCAGCCGAUCGGAGGAAGGUUUGGAUUUAUUGCGCUCCGGUGUGUCCAAGAAGGAUUUGUAUCUUCAUUUGUGCGAUAAUCCUGUUUUGAUUGACGGUGGCAACAAGGUAACCUUUUUUGGCCUAAUCUAAAUUGGAAAAAAUAAUAAAUAAAAGAAAGUUUUUGGAAUUUUGUUAUUGAUUUUUUCGAUAAUUCUGUGAUGUAUUGUGGGUAAAUUGUGUGGUUCGAUUUAGUUUCUUGUUUUCGGAUUAGUGAAUCAAAUAUGGGAUCGAGCUUCAACAUAGGGUGUAAGUACUCACAGAAUUUGUUUGAUGAUUUCUGCCUUUGGAGUUUUUUUGUAAUUUUAGGUGUAAAAGUUACUUUUCUGGGGGACUCUUUUCGCUUGAAAUGUUAUCCAGAUAGAAACACUUUUUGUACGGAGAAAAGGAAAGAGUGAGUGUAGGUGUGACUGACCGCUGGGGAUAGCUUUGAUUUCUGGGUGUCCAAAUUCCUUGCUCCUGCAUAUCAGACAUUGUCUGUUGUUCUAUUGCUUUUUCUUGUAAGUCAUUGAUGAUGGCAACUAAACUAAAAUGCUCUAUGAUAUUGCCUUUCAGAGUUUCUCUCUGGAUAAAUCUAGUGGUAAGAAAUGCUUUAUGUUGGCUGCAAGGGACCUCUCAAUUGUGUGGAGUGAUACCCCUGCUUAUUGGAAGUGGAUUCCUCUGCCGGAGUCCAGGUUCAAUUUGGUGGCUGAGCUCGUGAUGGUAUGUUGGCUUGAGAUUCGAGGUGCUAUAAAAGCGAGCAUGCUCUCACCUGACACCAACUAUGCCGCUUACCUGGUAUUUACUAGGAAAUCAGGAUUCUACGGAUUUGAUCAUCCGCCUGCAGAGACUUCCGUAGGGUUUAGUGGACAAGAACACAAAAAACACGACGUUCAGUUUGAUCCCGAGGGAGCUGAGGAAAUAAGACGUGCACGAAUGGUGCCGAGAUGGAUGAGGCGUCGGUUUAACUUCCGUCAGCCUGGGGUAAUGGGGGAGGCUUACCACCACCAGCCAGGGAUUGGGGGCCAACCGGAGGGUGAGAUCAAUACAUCUGCUCGCAUUGCGAAGCGGAGAGCUGAUGAAUGGAUGGAGGUUGAGUUGGGGGAAGUAUUUAUAACCGGAGGUGAAGAUAUGGACGUCGAGAUAAGCUUGUUGGAAGUGAAAGGGGGAAACUGGAAAAGUGGUCUGGCUAUUGAAGGCAUUGAGAUUAGGCCCAAGGAGAGGAAAUGAUUUAUUGUGGGAUUCCUGUCUCUGCUUAAAUAAUGCCUUAUGUUUCCCUUUUUUUUUUUUGUUUGUCAGCUUAUUGGGUUAUCCUUUUUUCGCUCUGUCCCUGAGAAAUUUAUUCUUGUAGAAAACUAGUAUGCCGACGAUAAUCAACAAACGUUGACGAAGCAGAGUAUAUUCAUCCUCGGCCUCUUGUACUAAGAAUCUCUUUUCCUAAAAGAUGGUACUCGUUAUGGUUCUUUGAAUGGAGCAAAGUGAAGGUGAUGGUGAUUACAGAUGCCUAAAGUAGUAAUUGCUGUUUCAAGAGCAUUAUAGAGCUCAGUUUUCUAAUUUCUCAUAUCUUUGACAAUCUUUCAAGUAAACACUUUGUAACUAGACCAUGCUUUUUGGUGUUGAAGGAAUGCAUUCUUUAUUUGAGAAUCCCAAUUGUAUGAUGUAUUCUUUAUUUCUUUGGAAUGUACAGAAUUAUGAUUAGAGAGCUAAAAACUGAAAACUUUCCAGGCCAUUGCCAUUUGCCAGCUACCAUUAUUUGUUGAUAUCGGCCGUGUCCACAGUACAGUGAAGGAAAAAGGCCUCUAAAAUUUGUAAUUCCAUUAUGCGAUGCUUCGUAUUUUGAAGUUAAUGGCUUUUAAAGGUACAGCAUUCAGCAGUUGUAAACAAAAAAAAAAGUGUGCUUUUGGAUGAUGUAUAUACAGAGCACAUUGUGAAAACUCUCAGUUGGCUUUAAAGUUCAUUGAACUGUUUACUGAAUUACUGCAUCUAAAAAGACUUGCACACUUGAGUUUUGAUGAUUCAUUCAGCGGUUGGAAUCUCAUGAAUAGCUGCCGCUGUCUAUUUGGUUUUUUUUUUUGGUACAAGAUGCGGAGGCCUAGGUUUAGGCCUAAUUUAUACAAAAACGUUCCUGGAAUAUGAAAUUCUGGCUACAUCAUGGCGCAAUCACAUAGUGACCUGUGGGGGGAGAGGGGGAUGGUCUAACUUCUUGACACUCCAAUCGUCUUGUUCUGUCCGGCGAGACAAUCGACGGUAAAGUUCGCCUCCCGAUGGACAUGAUCCAAAACUGUCAACCACUCUCUCCAAAGUAGCUCUCCAAUAUUUUUCACCAGUGCCUCAUUGACCCCAGGCGUGCCGUCUCCUCCUUGAUCAACUUCACUGCUUCCAAGCUAUUUGUUUCCACCUGGAUCCUUCGAAUUCCCUUGUCCCAAGCUAAUAGCAGGCCCUGCCACAGCCCCCAUAGCUCCGCUCCUAUUAGAGUAAUAACCCCAUUGUUUACUGUAAAACCUUGCACCCAAUUGCCCCUGUGAUCCCUGAUUAAGCCCCCUGCUCUUGCCUCUCCUGUUGACGGAUCAUAUACUCCAUCGGUAUUCAACUUAAACCAUCCCAAUGGAGGGGCUGUCCAGCUUAUCAGGACUUGCUGCUUGGCUCUUGGUCCACCCACCCUCUCAAUCCGGGUCGCCGUUGUGCCAAUUUCCUCUACCUUUUCAUAAUCUCUUUAAUCAUAAACCCCAGAGAGUGGCGCACAUACGAAAAAACAACCUCAUUUCUCCACUGUCAUAAUUUCCAUACAGUCACAGCAAACAUUUUACUCCAUCUCCCACCACCUUUCGAUCUCUCCUUCAUGAGAUUAUUCAUCAGCCACUCAUUAAUCCCUUCUGUAAAAAAGUACCGAACCAUGUUAUUCAUUAAUAGAUGCUCCCAUACCUAUUUCGAGUAGAAGCAAUCCCUAAAUACAUGGAUUAGGGAUUCGUCCUUCAUGUUGCAGCGUGGACAUAGAGCUGAAUCUCCAAUGUGCCUCUUACUUCUUUCCAAAUUUGUCAUCAGCCUCCCCCUGGCUAUCAACCAAAGGCAUGUUCAGAUUCUUUCUGGUCCCAGCCAAGACCAGAUUGCUCUCAGAUUGGCAAUUGACGCUAGCUCUGCUCCUCCUCUACCACGGCAUAGGCGGAUCUGGUGGUGAACGACCCAUUCCCUGAUGGUGGCCAACAACACUUAUCGGGGCCUCUCUCCGGUGUUGGCGGUAGUAUCGCCAUAAUUUUCAUGACAGCUCUGGCCGGUAGCAAGGCUUGGAACUUGUCCCAAUUCCAUGCUCCAUCUUGAUUGAAAAACAUGCUUACGCUCUCCUCCAGCUGCUCCCCUGAAAUCGCCCCAAUAGCCAACUCCUCCAAUGUUUUAUCCCCUGCUACCCAAGGAUCCCUCCAAAACCUUACCAUCCGGCCAUCAUUCACAACUCACAUAUUCCCCUUAAUAAGUGGUUGCCAGAUCUUAGUAAUAGACAUGCAAACCAUUGAACUAUUGACCGGAGUCAACGGUCCAAAUCUCGGUAGCCCAAAUCCUCUAUAUUUUGCAGCAAACACCUUAACCCAGAGGGUGUUGGGCUUAGUUAAUAAAACCCAUCCCAACUUCAUGAUGAGGGCUUUAUUCAUGGACUUCAACUUCUUGACUCCCAGCCCACCUAUAUGUUUCUCUUCACAAAUCUCCUCCCAACACACAAGGUUCAUCUUACGGUUGUCUUCAUCCCCUCCCCAUAAAAACCUCUUAACCCCUCAAUCUCAUAAGAAGUUUUUUCCGGCAACAUUAAGGUCUGCAUAUUGAAAUAAGGCAGUGUCGACAAAACUGACUUAAUCAAUGUUAGUCUACUAGCCAGGGACAGAAUGGAUGCCGCAAAUUUUUUCAAGGUGGCCCAAACUUUCUCCGUUACUCCAACAAAGGUCUCCUUCGUUAUCUUCCAUGCAGCAAAGGGGUGCCAAGAUACUUCCCUAAGUUGGAGACUUUCAUAAAUCCCAACUGCUCUGCUAGAGAAUUUCCCUUUUGCCUUUCCACAUUGCCUGAGAAGAAGACUCGCGUCUUUGGCUCGCUAAUCUUUAUUCCCAAUGAUUGGCAAAAAUAUUCUAACACCCUCUUCAAUAACACCACUUGUUGGUCAGAGGCUUCCAUGUAAAGAAUGAUAUUAUCUGCAAAAAACAAAAAUGGUAAUUACAGCUUAUAGCGGCCAAAAGUAAGCGGUUUCCACCGUCCGGACUUUACAUAUUUACAUAUAGCAUGCCCUAAUCUCUCUAUACAAAGUACAAAAAACAGGGAGAUAUUGGGUCCCCUUGCCGGAUCCCUCUUGUUGGUUUGAAUUCCGCCGAAGCUACGCCGUUCCAUUGAAUUUGCAUUGAAGCCUUAGAGAUGCAAUUCAUCACUCCAUCCACUAUCCAAGCUAGGAAUCUCGCUUGCUCCAAUGUAUCCACAAUAAAAUACCAUUUGAUCAUGUCAUAGGCCUUCUCCAAGUCGAUUUUUACUGCCAUGAACCCCUAUAUUGCGAUCUGGUACAAAGCUCACUUGAGCUGGCCCAAUUAAUUCCCGUAACACGGAUUUAAUCCUAUUAGCUAGGAAUUUGGUAAUCACUUUGUAAACUACGUUACAAAGGCUAAUUGGGUAGAAUUGGCGGAUUGACUCCGGUUGCUCCACUUUCGGGAUGAGCACUAUAAGAGUUUUGUUCACUGGCUCAACAUUUUCUUUCUCAUUAAGCACUCCUUUCACAAACUUACAGACGGACUACUUCACAACCGGCCAUU